AUGGCGGUGGCAAGGAAAAUCAAAACUUUGUUGACUGUCAACAUCUUGGUCUUCGUGGGGAUCAUCCUCUUCUCGGUCUACUGCAGGAUCCAAGACCGGUCCCAGGAGCUGGUGCAGAUUGUCCGGAGCGCCGACAGGCGGAUGAGGAGCAGGAACGCCAAAGUGGGCGCCCUCUUGGACAGGGAGUCGAUCCUCCAGCGGCUGGACCACCUGGAGGAAGUUGUGUACAACCAACUCAAUGGUUUAGCCAAACCCAUGGGAUUAGUUGAAGGUCCUGGAGGUUUGGGUCAGGGAGGAAUGGCUGCAACCCUGAGAGAUGACAGCCACGAAUCUGAGACUAAGUAUGAAGAAUAUGGAUAUAAUGCCCAGCUGAGUGAUCGGAUUUCACUGGACAGGUCUAUUCCUGAUUACAGGCCAAAAAAGUGCAAACAGAUGUCCUACCCUGAGGAACUGCCCCAGAUCUCGGUGGUCUUUAUUUUUGUAAAUGAGGCCCUGUCUGUCAUCUUGCGCUCAGUACACAGUGUUGUGAAUCACACCCCAUCCCACUUGCUGAAGGAGAUUAUUCUGGUGGACGACAACAGCGACAAUGUUGAGUUGAAGUUUAAUUUGGACCAGUAUGUGCACAAGAGAUAUCCAGGACUGGUGAAAAUAGUGCGAAACAACAAACGGGAAGGGCUAAUCCGAGCCAGAAUCCAAGGUUGGAAAGCGGCAACGUCCCCUGUGGUUGGUUUUUUCGAUGCUCACGUUGAGUUCAACACUGGGUGGGUGGAGCCUGCUCUUACACGAAUCAAGGAGGACAGGAAACGCAUCAUCCUCCCGGCUAUUGACAACAUCAAGUACAACACUUUUGAGGUGCAGCAGUAUGCCAAUGCGGCUCAUGGCUACAACUGGGGACUGUGGUGCAUGUACAUCAUCCCACCUCAAGACUGGCUGGACAAGGGGGAUGAAUCGGCCCCCAUCAGGACACCAGCCAUGAUUGGCUGUUCAUUCGUGGUGGACAGAGAAUACUUUGGUGAGAUUGGGCUACUUGACCCUGGCAUGGAGGUUUACGGAGGAGAAAACAUUGAACUUGGCAUGAGGGUAUGGCAGUGCGGAGGAAGCAUGGAGGUGCUGCCAUGUUCUCGGGUGGCGCACAUCGAGCGCACCAAGAAACCAUACAACAACGACAUUGAUUACUAUGCAAAGCGCAAUGCCUUGCGUGCUGCUGAAGUCUGGAUGGACGACUUCAAGUCACAUGUUUAUAUGGCAUGGAACAUACCAAUGACGAACCCCGGAGUUGACUUUGGAGAUGUUUCGGAAAGAAUAGCUCUACGUCAGCAUCUUCAGUGCCGGAGUUUUAAGUGGUACUUGGAGAACGUCUACCCUGAAAUGAGGAUUUACAACAAUACCAUCACUUACGGAGAGGUACGCAACAGCAAAGCGAGUGGCUACUGCUUGGACCAAGGAGCAGAGGAGGACGACAAAGCAAUCCUUUAUCCAUGUCAUGGAAUGUCCUCCCAGCUUGUUCGUUACAGCACUGAAGGACUCCUGCAAUUAGGCCCCCUGGGAUCUACAGCAUUUCUGCCUGACUCAAAAUGCCUUGUCGAUGACGGGAAAGGAAGAACGCCCACACUAAAAAAAUGUGAAGACACUUUGAGGCCUGCACAGAGGCUGUGGGACUUCACCCAGAACGGUCCGAUCAUCAGCCGAGACACGGGACGGUGUCUAGAGGUAGAAAUGUCUAAGGAUGCUAAUUUUGGGCUGAGACUAGUAGUACAAAGAUGCUCGGGGCAAAAAUGGAUGAUCAGAAACUGGAUAAAACAUGGCCGACACUGA